AUGCCCCCGAAGGGCAGCGGGGCCCAAUGCAGGGUCGAUGUUGUCCAGAAGACACGUGCCGCGGGCCUGAAGUUCCAAGUCCGCCUGAUAUCGAGCCAAGGAUCAUAUGUGCAUGGGCCCUUGCGGGACACCGAGCACGCGGCCGCGGCGGACCGGAGGCGGAUCGAGCGCGCCCCAGAUCGGCACGCGGAGCUCCGUCGUCUGAAACAAGAGCCCGCGCAGGCCGACAGGAUCGGGCUGCCAUGGCGUUCCGCGAUGUCUUGGCAGCACCGCCGCAUGCCCCUGCGCACUCAUGACGGGCCUGAAGAUGAGCUCGCGCGGAAGUGGCGCAGGUGGAAAACUUCCGCGCGGCUGGCGCCGGCCGCGCGGGGCCUGAAGAUGCGCAUCGAGGCGCUGGCGGCGCAGUCGGAGGCAGCAAUGCAGGCGGCCAGCCUUGCAUCGGUCUCGCGGCGGCCGGCACCCGUACCCGAACUUUCGAACCUUCUGAACACUUGCUACCUCAACGCGCCCCUGCAGCGCCUGCCCCACUGCCCCGCCACGCGCGCCGCGCUCUUGGAGCAGGGGGGCGAGGGCGAGCCGCUGGUGGUGCAGGACGCGGUGCGGGGUGCAGAGAGUGAGUUUGAUGAGCCCCCCGAGGAGCUGCGCGACCUGGCGGGCAACUGCGCGCGCGGAGUGCCGCCCAGCCUGGCGGAGGGCGACGGCGGCGAGGCGUGCGCGCGCCUCCGCGUGGACCGUUGGUCUCCGCACGCCCUCGAGGAAGCGUUCAUUGCGAAGCACCGUCUCGGGUACAAGCGGGGGAGAUGCGCGGACGCGAGCGGGGCGCUGGUGGACAUGAUACAGGACGCGCCGUGUCUCCACCGUCUCUUCCACUUCGUCUCGUCCAACGGCGAGGAGGAGGUCGCGAUGCGGCCCCCGUAUUUCGUGGACGGGGCAGGCGACGGCGACGACGCCAUAUCGCCUCAGGAGUUCGUGAGCAUCGUCGAGGGCACGCAGAAAUUCAACAUGCGAGAGAUGAUCCGCCGCGGCACCUCCAUGGGGGCACUGGUAACCAGGCCAGAGGUGCUGGCCGUCUACGUGGAUCCGAGAUGGAGGCGUGGCGACACGUUGUUCUACAUGAGCUGCAUCGGCAUUCUCUCCGAGCGGGGCGACGUGCCCGAGGUGGCUCUGCAGGUGGGCGGGGAAGAUGUAGUGCACCGUCUGCGCUCUUACGUUCAGUACAAGCUGCCCGAAGAAAAAAGCAUUGCCCCUGCUGGCCUCCUGACGGACCCCGAGGGCCACUACGUGGCCCACUUCGAGGAGGGCGACGAGCGGUACGCUGCCGACGACCUGGGCGAUCGCCCGCACGUGGCCCAGCGGCCGCCCGGCACCCAGCAUGCGAUGCCCGUGCUGGUCUUCCUUGAGCCGGUGGACUCCAGAGCGGCCCGCGCCGCGGAGUGCCCGCGGCCGCCCGGGCAGGACAGCCCCGGCCUCGACGGGGAGCGCGGGGAGGAGGACGGGGCCGGCGAUGCCAGCCUGUCGGGCGCGCGGAAGCGGCCCGCGGCGUCUGCGAGGAGCGGCGCCCCUCCCAAGAAGCGGCUCCGCCUCCGGGGGAAGCAGAGCGCGGCUGGCAGGCGCGACGGCCGGAGCCGCGCCGGGAGGCAGCAGCACCGCGCUGGGAGGCAGGACGGCCGGAGCCGUGCCGGGAGGCAGCAGGAGGAUAAGCAGCGCGGCUGCAAGCCGGAGGAGGUGCUCCGGCAGGGGCGGAAGCCGAAGAGCAAGGGCGACAACGCCGACGGGUCCAGGCAGGACGCCCAGAACAACGCGGCCGCACAAGUUAAGCGAAGCAGCAGGGAGGCGAAAUGUCUGCAGACGGCCUGCGACGCGCGCCGGGAGUGCGGCGACCUCUUCCUGCUCUUGCACUUACUGGAGCCGCUGGCCACUACCGAUGUCCUGCUGAAGCACUACCCGGACUUCUUCGUCUACGCCUGCGACGAUUGCGCCCACCGAUGGGCGACGUUCCUGCGCGCCCCCGAUCGGCCUGUCAAGUUGGCCGGCAGGCUGCGGGAGGCGCUCGGGGUGACGGAGGAGGAGAUUUCCGACGCCAAGCGCCGACUGGAGAACGGGGAGUGGCACAUGCAACACGUCGCGGAGCUCCUGGACGAGCGUCUGAACUCCGCCCACAGCGCCCACUCCGUCGCGGCCGCGGCCCGCUUGGCGGUGGGCGACGGGCCGGGCGCGAGGGAGGCCUUCCAGGCGCACCAGGGCAGAGUGCACGGGGGGCAGCGGUGGUACCAGUCGCAGUAUGUGGCGCGGUGCGAGCUGGAGCCCUACCAGCCGUCGCCGACCGAGGAGCGCCAGGUGGUUGCCAGGUUCCACAUUUCCCAGUGCUGCGCCACCGUCGACCCCGUGGACGAGCCCUUCGUCCCGAAGCCCGAGCCAGAGGUGCAGAAGCAGCUGCUCCACGCGGAAGUCAUCGGCAGGAUCAUCGGCAAGAUCGGGCAGGGGGGGCCCGCGGAGGAGAUCUCCUUGCAGGCGGCUGGCGCGGCGGAGUCGGCAGCCCGCGCUCAGGCGGCAUGUCAGGCGAGGGAGCCCCGCGCUUUCCAGGCCUGCGUCUGCUGCGCCAUGCAGCAGUGGCCCGAGAACCUCCACUCGGAGUACCUCGUCGGCGAUAAGUGCACCAUAAAGGACCGGGCCCAAUUCGCGGACUGCCUGUCGGCCGAGUGGCAUCACCGACGAUGGCCCCUCAUACCGCGCGACGAGCUGAUGUCGUCGGCCGUGCACUUUCCCCACCACGACUGCGAGGGCUCGCCGACGUCCACGAAGAUACUCUUGCACAAGAGGCGCGUGCCGCCUGAGGCGCUCGAAGGGAAGGUGCCGGUGAAAGUGCGCGACGAUUGCCGGAGAGAUCUGUGGUCUGAUCACCCCAAGGUGCCGCUGAUGGCGCUGGUUAACGACCUCUGGCUGGGACGCCACCACCCACUGCUCAGGAAGGCCGCUCUCGCGCACCAAAUGCUGCUCGCGCUCGGCCGCGUCGCGUCCACGAAGAUCUACCUGUCCAGCAAGGGCGCCGACAAGGCCGUCCGGCAGGAGCAGCAGUCGUGGAGGCAGAAGUUCUUGCAGUACGCCAUGCAGGGCACCGCCAUCGUGUUCGGGAACGGGAACGUGGACCACGCGACGCGGAGCUUCCCGCCGGCGGAGUACGACGCCCAGGCGCGGUUGUUGAAGCAGCACAACUACGUGUACAAUGACCCGGGCGUGCAGUGCCGAUCGGACCUCGUGGACCGGUUUCCCCCGCAGCCGGACGUGCCCGACUUCAUGCUGGCCUGCGCGAAGUAUGUCCCCACGGACGCGGCGUUGGACGACGUCGCGCAGGCGCAGGGGCCCGCGUCGGCCACCACUGGCGCGCAGGCAGAGAUGAGUGCGGCCGCCGAGGACGCGCAGGAGCUGACCAAGUGGCUGUCCGUCCUUGAGGACCACAUGGACGACGUCAGCGAGCUCACGUCCCUGCCGGCGCUCCAGGGCAUGCUCGAGAGGAUGGAGAAUCAGGCGGGGCGCGUGGUGGCCAACGAGCUGAUGUCCAGGCUCGAGGAACAGGGGGGCGAGGAUAGGGCGCUGCCGCUGGACGAGAUCGGGCGUCACCGCCUGCGGGCCCUCUGCCAGGAGUUUCACGCGCGCUGUCAGAAGAUCUCCCCCGGGGAGGACAUUGCGAAGCUGCACUGGCGCGUCCAGGCGCUGGAGACGAACAACUGCCAGGCGGAGGAGGGCGCGGCCGACCUGGCGCGACCUGCAGGAGUCGCGGGGACUCCCGCCGAGGACGACCCGCGCUCCUUGCAGGGACCGCCCGGCCCCAACGGCCAGCGAAAGGCGAGGCUUCGGCUGCCCACUUCGAGGAAGGCGGAGAGCUGGUGGAAUCCGAAGUACUGGUCCACUGCCAGGCCCACGGACUUUUGCUACGAGGACUGCGCCUGGGGCCUCGGCCAGCUGCCCCCGGACGGAGACGAGGACCCGCAGAAGCAGAAGGAGGGUCGGCUCUGCUUCAGCGUGGCGCACUUCAUCAAUAGUUUUCACACUCGGGAGGAGAUGGAGUACGACGUGUCUGCCGACGAGGAGAAGUCCAGGCCCAUCAGUCGUUUCCGGAGCUCCAGGUACGACGUGCACCUGCUGUCUUCCUUCUGGAGAGUCACGGAGACGACCAACAGCACCUACACCUUCAUGAAGACGCCCGGGGCGUUCGGGGCCGCUCGCGCCUGCGCGGACAUCACGCCGGAUAUGAUCGAGGAGGUGCAGCUCAGGGCGCAGCAGACGGGCGGGAAGGCCACGCUGCACGGCAUCCUCAAGGACAAGGACACCCCGAACGAGGUGCGCUUGGCCUUCGCCACCCUGGGCCAGGCCACCGCCAGUCAAGUCGGGUCCGACGGACACAGGCGGGAGCUGCGUGGAGAGGGCGAGGGGGAGGAGUACACCUUCGGCAACGGCCUGACCGAGGCAGAGCAAGUCACGUUCAGCGAGAUGUCGCAGCGCAUCGCCGCGGACCCCGUGGGCCAGGCCGUGGUGUUCGAGCUGAUGAUGAGGCUGCUCUUCGUCCACGUCCUCGGCCUGCGCCCGGAGACCGUCGGGCUCAGGGCCGCGGCUCGCUGCACCCGCACAUCCUCGUCUGGCUGCUGCAGGGUCAGCUGCGCGGUGCUCUGGGACAUGCUGCAGCACGACGAGGCGCGCUUCCAGGAGCACUUGAACCUGUGGAUGCGGCAGGUGGUGCAGGCCGUGGUCGCCACUCAGCAGAGCGCCGUGGAGCUGCUGCCCCUGCAGCUGCAGGGGGGCGAGAACAAGUGCGGGGUCGCGGCGCCGCCACUGCCGUUCGGGCCCAACGAGAAGCGAUAA